AUGAGUUUAGUCGCCAAUACAGGGAAACUAGCUGGACGAACAUUAUUCAUAACGGGUGCUUCCCGAGGCAUCGGCAAGGCUAUCGCUCUCAAAGCCGCAAGAGAUGGUGCGAACGUUGUGAUCGCUGCAAAAACGGCAGAGCCUCAUCCUAAACUACCAGGAACUAUUUAUACCGCAGCCGAAGAAAUUGAAGCAGCCGGUGGAAAAGCUUUACCAUGUAUCGUGGACGUAAGGGAUGAGAAGCAAAUACAGAACGCUAUUGAUGAAGCCAUCAAAAAGUUUAAUGGGAUAGACAUUUUAAUUAAUAAUGCAUCUGCCAUCUCCCUGACUGGUACUGCCCAUACAGACAUGAAGAAAUAUGAUCUAAUGCACAAUGUUAAUACUCGAGGCACAUUCUUAGUAUCUAAACUAUGUCUCCCAGCGUUAAAGGAAAGUAACCACGCACACAUUCUCAACCUCUCACCUCCACUCAAUAUGAAUCCUUUGUGGUUUUCAAUACAUGUAGCAUACACAAUGGCAAAAUAUGGUAUGUCAAUGUGUGUACUUGGUAUGAGUGAAGAAUUCCGCCCAUUUAACAUCGGAGUCAACGCUUUGUGGCCUAGAACCGGAAUUGCAACAGCAGCCAUUGAAAUGUUAACUGGCGAUUCCUCAACGAGCAGAAAGCCAGAAAUUGUCUCGGAUGCCGCUUACUUUAUGCUGUGCAAAGAUCCAAAGACAUACACUGGAAACUUUGCUAUAGAUGAUGACAUUGUACUAGAAGCAGGGGUCAAGGAUCUUACCCCUUACGCCUGUGACCCAAGUAAUAUAGAAAAUCUAUUACCUGACUUCUUUUUGGAUGGGCCCGGACAGGAUCAGCAAGCAGCACACCAUGCUACAGUCGCUUCUGCCGUCGGCGGCGUACGCCGUUACCAUACCUCCGCUGUCCGUCGCGCUGAGCAGUCUUCCAGUGGGGGGGGUCAAAUACCGGCUCUGUUUGAUACAAUCAGUAAAAGCAUUACACCCGAACUUGUCAAGAAGACCCAAGCAGUAUACCAGUUUAAUGUCAAGGGUAAAGAAGCAGGUGUCUGGCACUUAGAUUUGAAGAAUGACCCAGGAACAUGUGGUAGUGGGGAACCAGCAGGUGGAGCAGAUGCGACUCUUACCAUGGACGGCAAGCAUUUUGCAGAUAUGUUUGCUGGUAAGCUCAAGCCAACCACAGCAUUUAUGAUGGGCAAGUUGAAGAUAAGCGGUGACCUGCCAAAGGCAAUGAAACUGGAAAAACUGAUGAAGUCCUUAAAAAAUCAAGUGUAA